CUCGGGGAUUUAAUGGCCUUGGGCGUUGUUUUUCGCAUGUUUGGUCGUGAAUUUGUGGUAAUUUCACUAUAAUUCGUUGCAAAUAUGAUUCAGAUCAUUCAGAUAAGUCGAGAUAAAUUUCUGUGAACGAGAAAUCAAGGAUCAGCACCAUGAACAUCAUGAAGAAGUUCUGGGGCUCUGGCGGCUCAGCCCCGGAGGAUGCCGUCAUGAGCCAGCAGAUCGCGCUCAGCCUCACCCACCUGCGGAAACUGUACGCUGAGUACGUCAGGCCGCCACAGCCGCUGACGGAGCCGGAGAGGGAGGCUAAGCUGUACAGCAUGCUGCCUCUCUUCUGCAAGGUAUUUGCCGGCUCCUCCGGCCAGGAGAUCUGGGACCGGUUCCCUCAGUGCGUCCAGCUCAGCGAGUUUGCCACGAAGCUGAUGGUCACUGAAAUCAGACGGCGGGCUUUCAAUGAGAACACUGCGCUGGCCAGCUGUGAGAUCAUCAGUUACCUGGAGAUGGGCAGUGCGGAGGAGUCCUCCAACGGAUGGAUGCUGCUCAACACUCUGAACCUGCUCAGCUCGGCCGGACCCACCGUUGUACAGUCGAUGGUGGCCGCAGCUCUGCCCUCCACGCUGGUCAAGUGUCUGUACCUGUUCUUCGACCUGCCCGAGCUGGGUACCGACGUGGCGGCCGGCACGGAAAUCACCCCGCAGGAGAGCAGGAACCUGCUGCAGAAGGUGUUUGUUCAGCUGAUGAGCCGUCUCUGUACGAGUCCCUGCGCCGCCGACGAGCUGGCCCGACGGGACGACCUCAGUCUGCUCUUCUCGGCAAUGACGUCAUCAUGUCCGGCCCACAACGUCAGCUGGCGGAAAUCGGCCAGCGAGGUGCUGAUGGGUCUGAGCAGGAGUGGGCUCAGUCAGAAUACCAUCAACUAUAUACACAAUAACGGCUGCGUCAGUCUGUGCGUGGACAACAUGCGUGCGGCGGAUGACCUGCCGCCCCUGGAGACUGUCGAGAUGUUCGUCAGCCUCUUCUGCUUCCUCAAGGACUCUGCGGACGUGUCGCAGGUGCUGCUGGCAGACCUCCGCUCCAGCCAGGGCUACAUCUUCCUCGGCGAGUUCCUGCUCAAACUGGAGCAGGACUUGGCGCCCGAGUCGACGGACGCCGCCCGUAACCUGGUGCUCCUGCUGGCCUCGCUGGCCAUGUGCGGCCACACCGAGCUACAGCCCUCCCAGGCGGCCGCCGGCACCCCGUUCAAACUGUCCGGCUUCUCCGUGCCGCAGCCAUCCGGCCUCGGCACCAGCGUGCGGAAUGUGCACGCGUUCCAGGUGCUGCAGACGGUGUUCCUGCGGGCAACCUCCUCCUCCCUCUGCUGUGUCAUCCUGGACACCAUCUCCAGCGUGUACCACGCCGACCGAGCCAACUACUUCAUACUGGAGAGCCAGCACACCAUAUCACAGUUCGCCGAGAAGAUACAUCAGAAACCCAAAGAGGCACAGGACAAGUUUUUCCAGCUCCUGGAGCUGGUGGUAUUCCAGCUGAACUACGUACCGGUCAAAGAGCUCAUCUCCUGCAGUAUUCUGCUCAAACAGCACUGCUCGGUAGACUGCAGCCUGCGCUGCAUGGAGUCCCUCCUCAGCAUUCUCAGGUUCAGCCCCCUCUUCAAGGACGUGUACCGCGAAGUGGGCAUUCUGGAGGUGCUGGUGCAGUGUCUGGCGCGGUACGCCGACAUUCUCAAGUCGAGAAGGCAGACGGAAGAGGAUGGAGACGAGUACGACCUGCCGGGCCCGCAGUCGGCGCUGGGCCGUCGCACCAUGGAGACCUUCACCGUACUGCUGGCCGGCAGCGCCGCCAACGCGGCCGUCUUCCGAGAGUCGGGCGGAUCGCAGCGCGUGCACGAGAUGCUGGUGUAUCCUGACUGUUCGCAACAGGCGCUCGGCAUUCUGCAGCAGCUGAUGCUAUGUGCCGGCGGUGAGAGCGAGAUGGGCAGCCUCCUAGCACUCAUGGAGAACGCAUCGUUCUCUCAGAUCGGUCUCAAGAUCGAUAUCCUCAAGUGCGUGCUGGCGUGUCUGCGCGACUCGCACCGCAGUCGGACAAUGUUUCGGCGCGUCGGAGGCUUUGUAUACGUCAUGGCAGUGCUCGUAUCGCUCGAGGGCUGUAUGGCAGAGACGCCGGAGCCGCCGUGGGACUCUGUGCCGCGCCAGACCAUGCUGAGUUUGGUGCACGGAGCGUUCAACACUCUGACCAUGGCCAUGAGAUACGAGCCGGCCAACGCCAAGUUCUUCCAGCUGGAGAUCUGCAGUACCAGCCUCCUGGACACGGUGCGCCUCCUGGGCUGUUUUGGAGGCGGCUAUCAACUGGCCCCCAUCGAUUUCUCCUAUGAACACACCGAGGAGCAUACCUUCCAGAGUAUCUUCGCGUCUGACGUCACUUCCGGAAGCCUGCCGCCAAACGUCCCCAUCAGUCUGAGCUACGCCUGCCUGACACUGCGACUUCUCUACGAUAUGGCGCUGGACAGCUUCGACAAGCCGGCCAUGGCGGCUGCUGUGUCCUCGGGAGGAGCGAGGCGGCAGGAGGAACAACAGGAGUCGGCCGGUACGGGGAAGCGUCGCGCGCCGACCGGUCUGAACCUGUCCCCGCCGCCCCCGGAGCCGAUGAUAGUCCACGCCGGCGUGGUGGUGGAGCUGCUACACCUUCUGCCGGCCAUCCACCACCCACAGCAGCGGCAGAUGGCGGUCACACUGCAGGUCUACCUGGCCGAGAUCCUCAAGUCGCUGAUGCGCAGCGAGCGCAACCAGCAAGUCAUGUGUGACGCCGGUUUCCCGUGCGAGCUUCUCUCGACGUGUCGUCUGGCACUGGAGGAUGAGGACCAUCUGCUGCACCCGGCCAUACAGUAUAUGCUGGAGAGACUGGCGGCGCAGACGCUGGAGCCGCGCGAUCUCAGAUCGUUCCUGCGCCUCGGUAACCCGCUGAUGUGUGCUCCCGUGGACGAGCCACCGACUCCCGACUCGGGCGGCCCCGUGUCACUGACUCGAGUCAAAACACUCGUCUCCAUGACAACGCCGCGCGACUGUCGACACGGAGGCGCGGCGAUUCUGCCGCCGUUUGUGGAGUUUGACAUGUCGGUGGAGGGUUUCGGCUGCCUGUUUCUGCCCUCGCUGGCGCCGCAGUGUCUCAGUGUCGGAGAUACAUCGGUACUGGGCGGAAUCGGCACUGGUGACCGCGUGUUCCCGCCGGCCACCGGCCUGACCUACUCGACAUGGUUCAACGUGGAGCGGUACUCCAACUCGCGGGCCGACCCGCACUGUGUCCGGCUGCUGACACUGGUGCGCCACCCGCACGGCCGCGAUCAGCAGCUGAUUUGUCUUACCGUCGUCCUCUCGGCGAGAGACAAGGCGCUCAUCAUAUCAACACGCGAGACGGAGAUGCCGCAUCAUGGCGCCUACGACUGGGAGCCCGACUGUCGCGGCGACACCAGUCUGCGCGUCUGGUGCCCGGACCUGCUGGAGGAGAACCAAUGGCACCACCUGCUGGUGACACUCAACAGAGCCGUGCUCAAACACUCUGCCUGCGCCGUCUACAUCGACGGAAAACAGGUGGCCAAUCAGAAGCUUCACUACGUCAGUCAGAACCCGGGCGGCGGCGCUGCCAACCUGACCUCCAGCGCGGCGGUGUACGGCUUUAUCGGCACCCCUCCGCAGUGGCGGCGACACUCCAAGCUGGUGUGGAAACAGGGCGCCUGUCUGCUGGUGGAGGAGGCCCUGCCGCCGGCCGUGGUGGGCACCGUGUACCGGCUCGGUCCCAACUACCUGGGCACGCUGCAGGCGCCAUUCAUCAACGGGGAGUGCUGCUCGGCCCUGAUUCCCGAGGAGCGUGUGAUGCUCGGACUGAACGCAGUUGCCACCAGUCAGCUAACACUGGCCAAGAUCCGCAAAGUGUACAGCAAGGCAGACAACAGGAGCAUCGCCAAGCAGCUGGGUAUGUCAUCGCACGAGAACGCCACCCCGAUCCGCAUUCUACACAACGCCGGGGGGCACCUGAGCGGGCCGGCCCGAACUCUGGGCGGAGUCGUGAUCGGAUACCUGGGUGUUCGGGUGUUCUGCGCCCGACCAGUGGCGCGUAUGGUGGAGAACGUGGGCAGCACAAGUCUGGUGCUCGGACUGAUCGCCAUGGCGGCUGACGUGGAGGGGCUGUACGCCGGAGUCAAGGCGCUCACUUGUGUGGUCAAGACCAACAAAGCUG